AUUAUCUGUUUCAAUCGUCCCUCCGGCAAUAAUGUGAUAAAUAACGAAAAAAUGAAGUGCAAGUGUGUAUUGAUCCUACUGUUGAUACAUAGUUGUGCAACGCAAAAUGUCCGACAAACCUCGUCGGCCCUACCCGAAAUCAUCAGGGAUUGUUACAGAAGAAAUUUCACAAUCACCUCCAGACCCCCUUUAACCCUACCUUUAUUAAUUGAGUUAAUCCGCAAAAUUGAACUAGACGAGGGCAACUCUGUUUCUAUGAGAAUACUUGCAACAUCUAUGCUACAUGGAGUGAUGUUCAACGGCAUUAGGCGGUCACAAAGCGUCCUCCAGGACAACGACAUCCUGAUCCCUUACAGAGCUACUGGAGAGCAAUUCUACAAGUACAGGGUGAUUGUGGACUACCUAACGCCGGGACAAAUAGAACUCUUCCCUUCAGACGCCUUGAGUACUCCAGAAUUGUGCUUCCUCCACAGAAUGAUAUCCAACACUGUCGAUCCCUUCAGGAGAGGGGAUGAGCUUUUUACUUGCAACGAUCGAUCAAGUAUGCCGCUGGAGGUGACGCAGGGCAGUACGGACGUCCUGAGUGGCUGUCCAGUGCAGUACGGCAUCAUCAAAACAAAGUUCGGACCCAUAUCAGCCGGACACGUAAUAUCGGGAUUGGCGUCUGGAUUAGAGAAGAACCAGGUGACGUUCCAGCGGGUCAUCCAAGCUAUUAAUGAAAAUCACAAUGCCACAGACAUUCCCGACACAUUCAUAUCGAGCGAUAAUGAAGUUAACAGCGUAUGGGUAGCCACGAUAGCAGGGGAUUUGGCCGAGGUUAUCCUGAAUCAGACCACGGAUGAACCUGUUAUUGGCAACGACGGGUUUUGGAACGACACUGCGCUGCCCAGGGCUUUUUAUUUGAAAUUGGCCACUUGGGACAUGACGGAACCUGACAUAUUAGGCGGAAUCGACGGUGCAAUGUUGGGAACAAACGUCAACUACUGGUUAAAUAUCCUGAGCAGCACACGUCUGUCCCAAGUCCUGGACAUGUACUAUUCAGAAAGAGGCAUUCCUUUCAACUUUGGUCACAAAGCUAACAAUAGAACUGCGGCGCUAAAUGCUUUAUUGGACAGCGUCAACUUUACUGAACAGGUAAUCGGAUCAGUGAAAUUGUUACAAGCUGUUGGACAAUAUGAAGUUACCCUUGGCGAUAACGCCAUUACAGUUUUAGCGGACAAAGCCAUCCAGCAACUGAAAACCGUCGCAGGUAACACAGUAAGUGAAUACGAUAAGGUGGAGUACAUAAACGGCAAAGAAAUGGCAUCUUCGCUAGAGUUAAUCAUAAUUUUGGACGGCACCUUUGCCUACUACGAUGCUCUGAAACUGAUAUACACCCUCGCUGAGGCCAUCCAAGUAUCAUAUCAUGGAAGCAAGCUGGGAAUUAUAAAUGGACAAACCGGAAGUUGGAUGGUUAACGCGACUUGGGAAUACUUCCAAAUUUUUACCGGUUUAAACAACCCACAGGAAUGGCCUGUAACCUUAUCCUUGGGGAGAAGUCUGGAGACCGUAAUAGCUUACUACCAGAACAAGACGAACCUAGACUGUUCCUACCAAACUAUCCGACCUUUUGGCCAGUCGAUCCUAGUCUUCGGUGAUGGGAGAUUGACUGAUGGGGAUCUGACUAGAUCUAGAAGAGCUAUAAAUUCCAUAAAAGGAUCCUACCCAGAAACCAGUUUCAUCUUCGUUACACCGAACGAGAACACUGGUUUCCAGGACCUCGCCAACGAUAACGAAGACGACGUUGUGGUGUCUCUGGCAACUGACGUCUAUUCCAUGGUGGACCAACUCACUGACAGACUCAGCAAAGUACCUGCUAGCAUUAUCAAGUUUUAUUGCAAUCACGUCGACGUGCGGUUCGAGGAUUAUAUCACUCCAGAGGUCGACACGCUGUACGAGAUCCACCGGGAGUAUAUAAGAAGGGGACACGUCAGGACAAGGUUCAUAAACAGCGACUAUGGGGACCUCAGAAUCUGCGCUCUCACGAGCAGAACAGCACCAGGCAACAGGGUAUGCAAAGAUGUAACUGUAAGCAGUGAGAUCAGCUUUGCGUCUAAGGAUUUCUGUGCGGCAGACUCGCUGUGCGAUUUACAGUUUGCCGUAACAGCAAACAACUCUCAAAUGAAAUGCACAGAAUAUGACUGCAGAUACCCGGACCAGAUACGGUUGGACAUAAGAUACACCUAUACAGCAUCCGGAACUGCCGCAAUUCCUAGUAUUUUAUUAGUAGUCGUAGUUAAUUUAUUUUUUACCGUUUGUUAAUGAUUUAUACAGAACGUCGUUAAUAUAAUUUACAUUUUCGUUGCGUAUUCGUUCCACAGCUAAGCAUACGAAUGACGCACAAGUUUUUAGAAA